CAGACACCUCCUUCCCUCCUCCGACUUCGACUGACAUUCUCCUCUUUUUUCGUCGUCGUCGUCGUCGUCGUCGUCGUUCGUUCGUUCGUUCGCUUGCUUUGUUUGUUUCGUCCCCUUAUUUUUUCGUUCGACGAGACAAACACACAUCACCACCAACCAGCUUUCGACGGCCCUUUUUGACUACUUGCUACCACCCACCACCUACUACGCCCGCCCCCCGUUCCUUCGUUACCACCACCACCACCACCGCCUUCGCCGCCGCCGCUACCACCGCACGCAAGGCGCUCUACGGGAACACCAUCCGACGCCAACGACUCGAGGCGAAACGAAGAAACUAAACCAACGAAUCAGAACACACGUUUAGGAGGCUACUAGUAAAAAAAAAUGGGUUGUGUACAGUCUACUGGUGUUGAUGACGAGGCUAAGGCCCGCAACGACGAGAUUGAGAACCAGCUUAAGAGGGACAGGAUGAUGGCCAAGAACGAGAUCAAGAUGUUGCUGUUGGGUGCUGGAGAGUCUGGCAAGUCAACGGUGUUGAAGCAGAUGAAGCUCAUCCACCACGGUGGAUACAGCGAACAAGAAAAGGAUUCCUAUAAGGAAAUUAUCUUCUCUAACACCAUCCAGUCCAUGCGAGCGAUCCUCGACGCCCUCCCGCAGCUCGACCUGGCGCUGCAACCCGCCAACGACGCCCGGCGCGCCACCAUCCUCGCCAUGCCCGGCCAAAUCGAGGCCGACGUCUUCCCCCGCGACGUUGCCGACGCCAUCCGUAACCUCUGGCGCGACCCCGCCGUCAAAGAGGCCGUCCGCCGCUCACGCGAGUUCCAGCUCAACGAUUCCGCCGUCUACUACUUCAACUCUAUCGACCGUAUGAGUGCGCCUGGGUACUUGCCCACUGACCAGGACAUUUUGAGGAGCCGUGUGAAGACGACGGGUAUCACGGAGACGACGUUCAAGGUUGGGGAGUUGACGUAUAAGUUGUUUGAUGUUGGUGGACAGAGGAGUGAGCGGAAGAAGUGGAUACAUUGUUUUGAGAAUGUGACGGCGCUUGUGUUUUUGGUGUCGUUGAGCGAGUAUGAUCAGAUGUUGUAUGAGGAUGAGAGUGUCAACCGUAUGCAAGAAGCGCUUACGCUGUUCGACUCGAUUUGCAAUUCGCGGUGGUUCGUCAAGACGUCUAUCGCGUUUGAGCCGCUUCCAUCAUUCGAUGUUACGAACAUCAUUUCAUUUGGAUUGCGAACGUCAUUUGGAUUACGAACACCUUUCCCUUUCUUUUUGGGUUUGUCACGAGCCAAGGAAGCAAGCCCCUUUGGUGUCUUUGUGAUAUGGGACGGUGGCUGGGUGCUCGGGUGGUGUGAGUUGGUAACGUUGUCGGGCUGA